AUGAGCCGGUUCGGGGGCCGCACGCGCGAGUACCCGGCCGUGUCCAUCGACCGCUUCGACCGCGACAACGUGCGCGCGCGCGCCUUCUUCCUGUCGCACUGCCACAAGGAUCACAUGAAGGGGCUGCGGGCGACCGCCCUGAAGAGGAGGCUGGAGGGCAGCUUGAAAGUUAAACUGUACUGCUCACCAGUAACUAAGGAAUUGUUGUUGACUAACUGGAAAUACAAGUUUUGGGAGAAUCAUAUUGUUGCAUUGGAAGUUGAAACUCCAACUCAGAUUUCUUUAGAAGAUGAAACAUCUGGUGAGAAAGAAGAUGUAGUGGUGACACUCCUGCCAGCUGGUCACUGUCCAGGUUCAGUCAUGUUUCUGUUUGAAGGUGAGAAUGGCACUGUGUUGUACACAGGGGAUUUCAGGCUUGCAAAAGGAGAAGCAGCCAGAAUGGAGCUUUUGCAUUCAGGGACCAGGGUAAAAGACAUCCAGAGUGUGUAUUUGGACACUACUUUCUGUGACCCCAAAUUUUAUCACAUACCAAGCCGGGAGGAAUGUUUAAAUGGGAUCUUGGAGCUAGUGAGGAGCUGGACCUCUCUGUCUCGUAAUCAUGCUGUGUGGCUGAACUGCAAAGCUGCUUAUGGAUAUGAGUAUUUAUUCAUAAACCUCAGCGAGGAACUCGGAAUCAAGGUGCACAUGAACAAACUUGAUAUGUUCAGGAACAUGCCAGAAAUCCUGUGCCAUGUUACCACGGACCAACACACGCAGAUUCACGCCUGUCGCCAUCCUCGGGAUGAUGAGUGCUUCCGAGGGAACAGGCUGCCCUGUGGGAUGACUUGCCUCAAUGGAGCUCCCCUGCACAUCAUCAGCAUCAAACCCUCCACAAUGUGGUUUGGGGAAAGGAGAAAGAAAACCAGUGUAAUAGUGAGGACUGGGGAGAGAACGUACAGAGCUUGUUUUUCUUUCCACUCUUCAUACAGUGAGAUCAAGGAUUUCCUGAGCUAUAUCUGUCCUGUGAACGUGUAUCCCAGUGUUCUGCCAGUGGGUGGGACAGAGGACAAAGUCAUGGAAAUAUUAAAGCCAUUGUGCAGGUCCUACAGUAGAAUCAUGGAACCCAGGUACAAGCCCUUAGGAACACUGAAGAGAGCCCUCAAGAGAGAAUUAUCUGAUACAGAUGAAGAUGAUCUCUUUGAUUCAGAAUUAAUUUCUUCAAGGCCUAAGAUUCCAAAACAGCAGAGAGGAGAGAGCAUGCCCUCCAGCACAGGACAGUCUGAAAAUUCUGAAGGAAACAUUAAGGAGAGCACAGAAAAUGACAAAGGGACCACAACUUACACCUCCCACAAGGUAGACUUCAUGGACUGUGAGGAAUCAAAUGAUGAUGAUGAUGAUGAAGAUGAUGAAGAAGAAUCUGAAAAAAAUACAGUUCAAUUUCUUUCCCAUGAGCCAGAUGCCACUUCCACAGCCGAUUUCAAUGGAGUAACUCAUGACCAGCAGGAGUCUAAUGCCAAUGUCCCUUGCUGGGAUGAAUUUUUUACAGGUAAUAAAUUAGAAGAAAGCUCUGAAAAUGAGGACAACAUUCCAUCUUCAGCAGAUGCUGGUGGGUCCCAGUCACUCUUCAGUGAUUCAGAUGGAGUAAGUGACUCAACACACAUCUCCUCCCAGAAUUCUUCUCAGUCAACACACAUAUCAGAGCUGGGGAGCCAGGGCUGGGACAGCCAAAUGGACACAGUGCUCAUCACCUCCCAGGAGAGAAGUGCCCUGGACCUCAGCAAAGGUGGGAGCAGAGCAGUGGUUCCUGUGCUGCAGGACAGUCCCAGGGACACUCAGAUGGACAGCAGCAGGGAGCAGUCACCGGGUCAGAACAGACCUUGUGCCCAUGAUGGUGCCUGUGGCUUGGAAAGCAAAGGCUGUGAGAAAGCUGCAGAAAAUGGCACUGCCCAUGCUCAGGAUGUGCUGGUGGAAAUAAGUGACAGCUCCAGGACUCCUGAUCUGGAGCUGUGGAGGGACUCCCAGAGCUCCUCUGACUUUGAAAUUCCCUUGACUCCUGAUGCUGAAGCACCUCAGCCAGAUAAGCUGCAUCAUUUAUACAAGAAGCUCGCAGCAGGUGAAAACAUAAUCACUAAGAAAAAAGUCUCCUGAGAACAGGUAUAAGUGAUGAACAUCAGUGGUAAUACCAGCAUGUCUAUGAAUACCUGAAUUCUUCUCUUUCCUGUGGGUUACUGUCAUGCUUUAUUCAGAAACAUCUUACUCUCAGAACUAGGAAUGUGCAGCCUGUGAACCUUUAUUAUUCCUUCCAUGAAAUACUGAAAAGGAUGUAUUCAGAAAGUAUUCCCAGGAGGGACAGUAAAAAUGUUCUACCUCCCAAGGUUCAAUUCUCCAGCACUGCCAGUAGACAAAAAGUGGACCAGACAAAACUAAGGGUAGGACACUAAAUGAAAUUUGGUGUUUAUCAUGAGCUCUAAGAGUUUGCCUUUGUAAUGUGAACUCAGGUUUUAAUAAAAUAGCACACUGUUAACUGUGGGGAGGAACACCUGAGAAUGACCGUGCAAACAAGACAGUUGUAAUUUGGCUUUAAUCACUAUUACUGUUUAUUUAUUUAUUAUUAUAACAAUUUAACUGGUACUCACUGCAGUUAUUUUUAAAAAUGUAAGAAUUUCCAAAGUUGUGAGGGCGUUUUAAUUUGUUUUAAAUCAAAUUGUUCAUUUCAAAGUCUCACUUUGCACUGAGCUUUAACUCCUGAGUUAGGUACUGCAGACUGCUUUACCUGCAGCUCAUUCCAAACAACUUGUCAUCACUGUCAGAACUGUGUUCUGGUCUGUUCUGAAUUGUUCUUCAGAACAGUAAUUUCACGAUUAUAAGCCGAACCUGAUUAUAAGCCGCACUGUGGGUUCGGACCAAAAUUUUAGUCAAAAUGGUGUGGCUUAUAAUCAUGAAAUUACUGUACUUAAAAUCCUGUGGUUCCCAAGUUACCAGCCCUGUCCUGCUCUGGCAGGUAACAGCCAGAGAAGGUUACCUGAUAUCCCCUAAAGAACUUCACCUCCUGUGCAACAUUCUGUAGACUUCACUGUUUUAAAUCCAGACAAUAUAUUCUCCAUGCAUGUGUGCCAUCAUAACUCUGCCAAAAUUCUUAGCUUCUAACAUAGAAAUAUAAUUCAGGUUUUUCCUAAACUGGAGUGCCUAGGAAAUAUCCAAACCAUGGAAGUCAUCUAAAAAUCCCUGAAGUCCAUGGUCUUUAAAUCCCAAAGAAUUAAACAGACUUUAGCACAACAUCUCUCUGGGUGUGCCUUCAGUUGUGCCAUAUUUAGUGACAUGUGAAUGUUCAACCCCUCAGUAUUCUGCCAAAGGGAACAGAGGCAGGAGGGACAAAGCAUUGCCAUGAUCUGUAUUCAAGAUCCCUCUAUUUCUCCACUGUUAACUUUCCUCGUGUUUGUGGGAUUUAACCUAAUUUCCAAAUUUGAUCUACUAACUUUGGGGUUUUUUUAGAAAGCCUGAGUGAGUGAAUUGUUGUUGGAACUACCUCUGUGAAUAAAGUCAGAGCAAAUAGAACCUUU